UGAUGAUCCUGGAAAGGAAAACUGGACAGUCCUGGAAAGGGAAGCUAGACAUCACCGUCACUGAUUUACGAUCCUGGAAAAGGAAGCUGGACAUCACCAUUGCAGAUGGAUGAUUCUGAAGAGGGAAGAUGGACAUCACCAGCACUGAUUUACAGCCCCGGGGUAUAGAAAUUCGACAUCACAAACAGGAACUGAUCACAAUGGAGUAUAGAAAUAGGACUUAUCUUCAACCCUAAGGUGUAUAGAAAUCGAAUUCACAAAUAGAAACUAGGAGGAAACCACAGAAAAAACUGCUGAGAAAUGCUGAUGAACAUGCAAUAAAUAGCAGUAAGAAUUAGCAGUCGGUGUGCAGCUGGAGGGGAGACCCCGCUCCACUGUACCCAGCCCCACGCUGCUUUGCUCACACUGUAUCAUUUGAACUAAUGAAUCAAUACAUUGAUUAUAGCUUGAUAUAUUGGCUGAGUCAAGCUCCUCAUUUAUUCCAAGUAGAUGGUGGGUCUUUGGUCCGAAGAUGAUGAUGCAGUGUUUAUAUACUCAUAAUGCUGCUAGCUUCUAAGGACUGCAUGCUCUCAAUUUAUACCACACCAUAUAGGCAGAAAUGUAAAAAGGAAAGAAAAAAAAAAUCAAAAGCAAAGACAAAAUUAAUUGCAGGACGAAAGAGCUGGCAGACAGCAGGCUCUUAUCGCUGCAGAUGGAUGGCGGUAAUAGGAAACCCGGUGCUGUGGAAUGCCUCCACUGAUGGCAGCAAGGAGGGAAAGGCCCUUAAAACCACUGUGGCCCUUGCCUGAAGGCUCCCAGCCUCCCCUGUCCUUCUUCCAGGCUUAGGAGAACACUUUCUCCUAACUACUGAGCUCUGGGAAUGGGGCGUGGGAGCCCUGUUUUUGCGGCUGCGGGGUGUUUCAGCGCUCCAGGCCGCUCCAGGCCGCUUCAGGAGGCGCUCCCCGAGCACGCCCGAGGCGGUCCAAGGCGGGCCGGCAGCGGGACUACAUCUCCCGUCAGCCCGCCGGGCCCGCCGCCAUCUCGGCACCGACCGGGGCCGGGCCGGGCCGGCGUGCCCGCAUUGCCCGCUCCCCGCCGCGCUCCUCGGGCCCCGCCGCGUCCCCCCCUCCCCGCCAUGAGCUGGGACGGCGCCGGCGAGGAAGUCCGGCUCCUCCUGGACCUAUGCCUUCAGUGUUUGACAAAGAACCUUUCCAGAUACUCUGCAGAUAUUAAAUCAUUGCCACCCAAUAUAAAAGAUAAACUGAUUAAAUUAAUGAGUAGGCAAGGGCAAAUAACUGAUGAAAAUAUCAGUGAGGUAUUGCACCCUGCUGUGGAAUCUCUGGACCUCCGAGACUGUGAUAUUUCAGAUAAUGCAUUAUUGCAGCUUUAUAACUGCAAGCAGCUGAAAAAAAUCAACCUCAAUUCUUGCAAGGAGAACAGAUUUGGAAUUACUUCAGAAGGACUCAUAGCACUGGCCUUAUCCUGUCCGUACCUGCGUGAAGCGUCUUUCAAAAGGUGCUGUGAUAUAACUGACAGUGGAGUUCUGGCUCUUGCACUCAACUGCCAAUUCCUACAGAUAGUGAACUUGGGCAGCUGCUCGGGCAUCAUGGAUGCAUCUCUGCAGGCACUGGGAGAAAACUGCAAAUUUCUUCACAGUGUGGACUUCUCAUCUACUCAGGUAACAGAUGAUGGUGUUGUAGCACUAGUGAGUGGAACAUGUUCAAAGAAUUUAAAGGAAAUCCACAUGGAGCGUUGUGUGAAUCUGACAGACGUCGCUGUGGAAGCCGUCCUUACUUGUUGUCCCAAGAUACACAUUUUUCUGUUCCAUGGAUGCCCACUGAUAACAGAUCGUUCCCGAGAUGCUUUAGAGCAACUCAUCAUAUCAAACAAAAUCAAGCAACUAACCUGGACUGUUUACUGAUUAUUUAUCCUGUACAUGUGAGUGUGAUGUUUACAGGUGGGAGAGCUCCUUGAGCAAACAAGCACCUUGGAGAACGAGCUGGUGACUUUUGUGCCACCGGGUUGCAUCCCUCCUGCUUCCCACUGGAGGUCUCUCUUGCCAUUCCAGUCCUUGCCUGGGCUUCCCCUUGACUUUCCUUGGAGCCCUGUCUUUGCAUUGAUCAUACUUAAUUAAGAGGAAAGUGAAACUAUAUUUAAUAUUAGAGGGCCCUUGCUCAGGCUUCCCCAAGAGCUAGAUUUGGCCGCUACUUAGUAUCCUUUACCAAUUUAGCUACAUGUACAAACCCAGUUUAGGUAAGUCUGUGUUCUGAGUUUGUAUUCUGGGGUGGUAUUUGCAAUUAAAAGUACUGAGUGCAGAUAUAACACUGACACACAGAAGUGUCUAAAGUUGGGAGUUUAGUCUAACAAAUAUCAGUAGACAGAACUGGUGAAUGGAGGUGGCAUUAACAGCAAUACAAAUGCACUUUCAGUAGUAACAAUCUCCUUUCACCAUGUACUUCUGGAAUAAAAAACGUAGGUACCUUUCUUUUGAUGUUACUGAUGCUGCAGAUUUCUGUUCUUACCAUCAAAUACUUGCUGGAUUUUUACACAUCCAAAAGUAUAGCCUGUGAAUGUGUAAACAUAAACUUGCUUUGGAAUUGUUAUGAUGACUUCACAAAUUUCAGAGUAGUAGCUGUGACCAAGAAAAGGAUUUUAUGUAUGGGCAAUAUUUCAUUUGUUCUGGCUUUUGCCUGUGUUUCUACAUGAAAAUCCUUUUAGGGAACAAAACACUGGUACUCAUAAGUGUAUCUGUGAGUGAAAUAGGACCAAAUGUAGUGUCUGAGCACAUAAGUUGCAGGAUGGUAGAAUAUGUGUUCUGCUGUAUGCAGUUCAUUAUAUAUCCAGUGCGCCCCAAAGUUGAAAAUAUUAAUAUUGUUCAGUUAUAGUCAUAUUAAAAAAUAAUUUUUGAAUUGUAGAAUGAAUUUCUGAUAUGAUGAAGCAGUGCUCUCAUCACAAUUAUAAGUCAUGUUCCUUGGCUUUCUUGAACCAGCAUAACCUCUAGUGAGAAUUCUAUGAUUUCUGCAUUAAGCUCCUUAAUGCCAGCCAUUUUAGCUUUAUAAGGGCAUGAAGCCCUUAUAAACACUGGGUUCAACCUCUGGAUUUGGAAGUAGAAGAGUUUAGCUACAGUGGUCCAACAUGGAUCUGAUGACAGCUGGACUUCUAAAGAGUUUAGGCAACCAUAAGGAAUAUGUUUACUUCACUUUAACUCUUGUCAUAGCCACACCUAAGUGUUGCAGAAAUAAACCAGUCUUAUAUUAAUCUAUUUAAAGUUCAGGUCUAAUUGCAUGGAAAAUAUUUUUUGUUGGCAAUAUUAAAGGAUAUUAUGAUGUCUGACAAUAAUCUUUUUUCUCCUGUUGAUUAUAUGGUUUAUGGAAGUGCAAGUCUAUUUAGAAAAGUUGUUCAGGUGUAAGUAAAAGCAUAUUUCUCCAAGAGCAGCACCUAAAUCCCUUACUCUUGUUGCAUGGCUCAGCCCAGUGAUGAAUUUGUUCCUACGAUCCCUGUGGGUGUAACUGCACCAGUACAGACCAUUGGUGCAAGAAGUUUGUUUUGUUCCAGUAGCCACAAGCAUCUGACACCUGUCAUUGCAGCAAAUCCUUGCACCAGACAGAGGUCUAAUAACCUAAUCUACAUGGUUUUAUUUCCCCCUUUUUCUUUUUUUAGCUAAAGAGUAGUUUAUUGUUAUUCCCUGUGGAAUCUCUGGGAUCAAUCAGGGCCCAUCAUUCCUUUGAACUCUUGGACAAUAAAUCUGUGUUGCAUUAUUUUUGAUGUUGAAUAGUAUAGCUGUUUAGGCAGCUCUGUGAAACAAUGCCACUGCUAUCCUCAGUGGCAAAGUUGUCCUUUUUCUCCCUGCUGAUAUGACCUUGCAUUUGUCAUGUUGAUGGCAAAUACAGCUUAUAGUACUGUGUCCUUAAGUGUGCCUGUAGCUUUACCAUCUUCCCGUACAGCCUCUUCUCAAGGUGUAACUUAGUGGUACAUCCUCACCUGCUGCUUAAAAGCUGUACAGCACUGCAACAAGGUAACACUGUAUUUCUAGGUUGGAAAGUUUAAUGUGAGUUACUUUAAAUCUCUCACCAUUAGAGCUUGAGUUUGCCCUUACAUGUUUAGUAUUCGCAUAACUCUAGUGGAAUGUUUUUUGGGUCACAGUAAUUUUCAACAAAUGUUUACAGGCACUGGGUGAGGUGGAAGAAGAACCUCAUGGAUGUGCUUACCGCUUCAUAUUCUCUAUUGUUUGGACAUUGUUAUUGUUGUGAGUCUUGCAGAAUAUUCACAUAUUGUUCUGAAAAUUAAAGUUUAGAAGUUGGCUGUUUGGAUA